GCCAAAUACAGCUCGGCUUUGCUUGGCUCAGCAGUGUGAAAACGGUAUAUUAUAGGAGGCUGAGGCCUGGUGUGGUUGUAACCCAUUGUGAUGGGCUCUGUGUGGGGUUCGACAGGAGGGCGAGACCCUGGAGUCAGAGACAAAACAGUUUGAGGACCUGGAGUUCCAGCAGCUGGAGAGAGAAAGCAGCCUGGAGGAGGAGAGGGAGACCAUCAGCCAGCAGCUGCUGCAGGAGAGGGCUGAGUACCACACCAGCGUGGCCAAGAGGAAGGACAAGAUGGCAGCUCUGGAAGGCCAGGCCAGUCAGCUGGGACAGCAGGCUUCUCAGGAGUGUGACAGGCUGGCUAAGGACAGGAACCUUACCCUGCAGAUUCUCCAUAAGGAGAAAGAGAGGCUAUCGGCCUUAGAGAAGAGGUACCUCAGCCUUACCGGAGGAAGAUCUUUCCCUAAGUGUUCCAGCACCAUGAAAGAGGAAUUGCUCCAUAUCAGCCAGACUGACCUGUUAGAGGACUCCCACUCCCAGCAUCCUCUCUGCCGUCCCGCUGCUUCCUAUUUAAGCGCCGCCUCUCAGUUAUACCCAGGGGGCAGCCCGACAGAGGAGUACGUGACUGUGGGCCAGUUAACUCAGUUCUUUGGGAUGCCGAAGGUCGAGUCCUCCCCUACCUCUCCUCUCCGGCCCCUCCAGUCAGGAGCUGGAGACCCCGCCUUCUCCUGCCUCUCCUUUCGUCACGGCUCCUCCCCCUCUCUCUCUGUUGAGUAUCAGCCAGAGUGCAGUAGGCCUCAAAUCCCCACUCUCGAUUUAGAGCAGUGGUACCAGGAGGUGAUGGCUGCUGUGGAGAGCAGCCAGCUCUGCCCCCCUCCCCCUCUCCCAGCUAAACCUCUAUCCACUCGCAGGCCUAUGCAGGGGUUCCGUUCCAAGCUGGACAGUGAUGCUGGACAGACGGUACAUCAACCCAAAGCAGGCUCCGGAUCCCAUCUGCAGUACGUAGCCACCACACUGGGACGCAACACAACCUCCAAGAGCCCACUGAUGGUUCCCAACAGUACAGGCAGUUUGCCACGGAACUUGGCUGCCACCAUGCAGGACAUAGAGACCAAGAGAGCGCUAGCCUUACAGCAGAAAGAGUCCUCCUUGCCUUCCACGUCUGAGUCUCCCUGCUCCACCAUGGACAAUCCCACAGACAGACAGAUAGACAGACAGACCACUCAACCUGGGAGCCAACAGGUGAUUGAGGAGCAGCGGCGUCGAUUGGCUGAGCUGAAGCAGCGGGCUGCAGUGGAGGCCCAGUGCCAGUGGGAUGCCCUCCACGGCUCUCAGACCCACCUCUACGCCCCCUCACACGCCCACGGCCCUCCCAUGGUGCACCACUCCAUCCUGCACCACCAGCCGCCGUCGGCGGGCGAGCAGCCGUACGACACACUGAGCCUGGAGAGCUCCGACAGCAUGGACACCAGCGUCUCCACAGGCAACAACUCGGCCUGCUCCCCCGACAACAUGUCCAGUGCCAGUGGGAUGGAUGCGCUGAAGAUCGAGGAGAUGGAGAAGAUGCUGAAGGAAGCCCACCUAGAGAAGGCCAGGCUCAUAGAAUCCAGAGAGCGAGAGAGCCAUGCCCGUAGGCAGAUGCUGGAGGAGGAGAGGAGGCGGCGCGAGGAGGCUGAGAAGAGGCUGCAGGACGAGACGGUGCACAGGCAGCAGCUCGUGGACAAGGAGGUGAAGAUGAGGAGCAAGAACUUCUCCCAGGCCCGUCCUAUGACUCGUUACCUGCCCAUCCGCAAGGAGGAGUUUGACCUGCGCUCCCACAUCGAGUCAUCCGGCCACAACGUGGAGACCUCUUACCACGUGAUCCUCACAGACAAGAUGUGUAAGGGUUACCUGGUCAAGAUGGGCGGCAAGAUCAAGUCGUGGAAGAAACGCUGGUUUGUCUUCGACCGCCUCAAAAGGACCUUCUCCUAUUACGUUGACAAGCACGAGACCAAACUGAAAGGAGUCAUCUAUUUCCAGGCCAUUGAAGAGGUCUAUUACGAUCACCUGCGUAGCGCCACGAAGAAAAGAUUUUUCAACCUCAAUUUGACCAAUAGCCCCAAUCCCUCGUUGACCUUCUGUGUGAAGACUCACGACAGACUCUACUACAUGGUGGCCUCUGCCCCGGAGGCCAUGAGGAUAUGGAUGGAUGUUAUAGUAACUGGAGCCGAGGGCUACACGCAGUUCAUGAACUAAGAGACGGCUGGGACACACUUCAAUAGACUCAGGCCUUAUCCCUCCCAGUAUUGGGAAAUUGCCUUGUUACGUUCAUUAUCUAUUUUUAAAUCACUUUACAAUAGACGUUUUUCUACUUGCUUCUGCCCGCAGAUUGAAAAAGACACUGUAUAUAACCAAUGUCAGACUUUCCGCUCAAAAGCCUUUAUUUUUGCCAAAUUGAGUGUUACAUGCUCUUGCUUGUGAGACCUACUUUGUGUAUCCGUGUCUAAUCGUUCACUUUUUUUUUUUACACUGGAAUAGUGGAGAAUAAACCUAAUUGAAACCAGU